AUGUCUGAAGAAAAGCACAGAGGAAAUAAAAAAACAAAAUACAACAAAAGUCAAGAAUUUUCACAAGACACCAGCCAGAGCUCAUAUAAAGUAUUGAAAAUAAGCAAAGACCACACAGAUCGGCUAACAACUUUUAUUAAAAGACAUAGAAACGAGCUUCAAAGCAAUUCAACAAAUCGAUCUCAAAGUCAUUUUGACGAUACCAAAAUGUUCGAUCAAAGCUCAUGCGACAUUUAUGAAUCAAUAAAGCAUCUUGAUGCUAAGCUGUAUUCAAAGAAAAUCAAAAUAAACAGCAAAAAGCAAAACUGCUCCCCAUCAGCUUCUCGCAGCAUUUCUCCCAACCCAUCAAUCCCAAGGACCCCUAAAGAAUUUAUCACUGAUAUAAAGCGCCUACAAGAAACCUUGAAGGCAGAUAUAAACCAAUCCUCAUAUUCCGCAAAAAGUGCAAGCUCCUAUUCGUCUUUUAUGAUUUUAAAAAAAGCAUAUGAAAAGCUAGAAGGACUAGAAAUGCUCACUCCCCCCCCCUCCGUGAGCGAACAAAACCAUUAGAAAAAUCGCCAUUUUUUGACCAAAAACCCACCCUCGUGAGUGAACAAAAAAUUUUUUUAAUAGAAAAAAUUUUAAUGGAAAAAAAUUUUGAUAUAUAAGUGAUAAUUAGUAUAAUGAAAUCUAGAGCUAAUUCUGUUUAAUUUUAAACAAAUUGCGUUUUAAAAACAUAAAUUUUGCAAAUUAAAUUAAUAUUUGCUUCCCAAUUUUUGCAAAUUAGGAUUUUUUUAAAUUUCGAAAAAAAUAUUUUUUAUAAAAUUUAUAUAUAAAUUUUUUUUAAAAAAAAAAAAUUAACCCCCCUCCGUGAGUGAACAAAAUUUUUUUGUUCGCUCACGGAGGGGGGGGGGGAGUCAGCAAGUCUCUUGAUAUUAGGAAAACCCAAUUGGACGCAAUGGAAAAAGAGCUCAGAUCUAAAAUGAAAAAGGUUAAAGAUAAGGACGAGGAUCUUGAUAAUAGAGAAAUUACUAUUGAAAAAAUGAAAAGGAUGGAACUGCAAAUUGCUGAAAGAGAGCUUCAAUUGAAAGAAAAAAUGAGGAAGCUAGAAAAGAAAGAAGAGGAAUUGUAUGAAAAUAAUGAAAAUCAGAUAGAGUUUAGCAGAAAUGAGAAAACUGGGGCAAGUUUUAAAGAAAAUGAGGAGUUUGAGAUUUAUUCUGAUAUAAUAACCCCAGCCUUUCAGGCAAGUGCUGCUCUCAAAAAAGAGCAAGACUACAGCACAUUAGAAAGUGAGCUUAAAGAAGCAGCUUCAGAGCUAGAACAAAGGACUUUUGACUUGUUAAAAAGCGAAGAAAAGCUAGCAGAAAGAGAAUCAAUUUUAUAUGAGCAGCAGAAAGAGCUUAAACACAAAGAAAAUGAACUAAAGAAAAAAGAAGCCAGCAUAUCAGAUCUUGAAAAUAAAUAUGCCGCACAGAUUGAUGAAUUAUCACACAUUAAAAGACUCACUCCCCCCCCCCCUCCGUGAGCGAACAAAACCAUUAGAAAAAUCGCCAUUUUUUGACCAAAAACCCACCCUCCGUGAGUGAACAAAAAUUUUUUUAAUAGAAAAAAUUUUAAUGGAAAAAAAUUUUGAUAUAUAAGUGAUAAUUAGUAUAAUGAAAUCUAGAGCUAAUUCUGUUUAAUUUUAAACAAAUUGCGUUUUAAAACAUAAAUUUUGCAAAUUAAAUUAAUAUUUGCUUCCCAAUUUUUGCAAAUUAGGAUUUUUUUAAAUUUCGAAAAAAAUAUUUUUUAUAAAAUUUAUAUAUAAAUUUUUUUUAAAAAAAAACAUUAACCCCCCUCCGUGAGCGAACAAAAUUUUUUUGUUCGCUCACGGGGGGGGGGGGGGGGGACUCAGAAAAAGCUCAAUUAUGCAGGAUUGUUUUAGAUGAAGUCAUCUUAAAGGUUAUUUCACAAAAUCUUGAGAAACAAGCACAUGAAAUUGAAGCUGCAAAAUUUGAGCAACAAAUAGCAUCAGAAAAACUUCAAUCAGAAUUUGAGGAACUCCGGAAAUUUAGAGAAAAGCUAGAAAAUGAAGCUUCAAAACAGCUUGAAAUCAAGCUAGAGCUGGAUAAAAAAGAAAAAGAGCUUGACUUGCAAGAAAAAAGAAUUACAGAACAAAUAAGACUAUUAGGGGAAGGAAAAGAAGACGAAGUUCUUAAAAUGCAAGAAAUUUUUAUAAGUGAAAGAGAAAGUGCCUUACGAAUUAAACAGCUGAAGCUAUUAGAAUACCAAGAAAGCCUAAAAGAGAGAGAAAUUGAAAUAAAUGAAAGAGAAAAAGAAAUUUAUUAUGUAAGCUUAGAAGACUCAUAUAAGCAAAGAGAAAAAAAUAUAAUUGAAAAAGAAAAAGAAAUCGAGCUAAAAUAUCGGCAACUUGAAACAGAAUUUUUAGAAAAAGAAAAAAAUAUCAAAUUGAGAGAAAAAUUGUUAGCUGAACAAGAAUCUGCAAUAGAGCACAAAAGAACUAAUGUUAUCACUGGAUGGGAAAAUGUAUUAAAUAAAUUCAAAAAAAUCCAAAGGAAUGAUGAAAGCUCGUUUGAAGAAGAAGCCAAAAAGCUUAAAGAGCUAGAAAACUUGCUUAGGGAGAAGGAAGACGAAAUGAAUCAGAAAACUAAAAAACUGGAUAAACUAGAAAAAAAUAUUGCAGCUGAUGUAUGUAAUCUUAAAAUAAGAGAAGAAGAAAUUGAGGAAAGAGAAAAGGAGUGCAAAGAAAAGACGUUGAUUCUGUUAAAUAAAGAAAAAUAUUUGGAGCAAAAAGUAAAAGAAGUAAACAAUUUGGUACUGCAACUUAAUGAUAAUAUAAGAAAAGCGAACCCUAGUCAGUCGCAGAUUCAAAAAGAUGAGUUUUUGGAAAAUGCAUUUGAAACAUGCCAGCCUGAUAAUAACCACAGAUUGAGCAAGAUUCUAUUUGAUAUAUAA